UUUUUGUUUUUUUUUUUUUUUUUUUUUUCAUUUAUUUUUUUGGAAAAAUUAAAUUUUAUAGUGUUCAAAGGAACGAUUAGUUAUUAAUACUUGCUACUGUACAAAAGAAAUAGUUCAUUGUAUCACCUUCAAAAGAUACCAUGUACAAAUCGCGAAGCAAUGAUUCCAUCCGUGGAGCAAAAUCACAACUUGAGUACGCUGAAAUGGAUCCAUCGGGUCGAUAUGGACGUUUCAAGGAAGUUCUUGGGAAAGGAGCAACCAAAACAGUUUACAAGGCAUUCGAUGAGGUUUUAGCACUCGAAGUGGCAUGGAAUCAAGUGAAACUCAAUGAUAUUUUCCGAUCACCGGAGGACCUUCAACGCCUAUAUUCAGAAGUCCAUCUCCUCAAAAACCUCAAUCACACAUCCAUAAUGCGAUUUCACACAUCUUGGAUCGAUGUUGAUAGGAGGACUUUUAACUUCAUAACGGAGAUGUUCACUGCCGGAAGCCUCAGAGAGUAUAGACAGAAAUACAAGCGUAUACACAUACAAGCAAUUAAAGAUUGGGCACGCCAAAUCCUAGAAGGCUUAGCUUAUUUGCACAACUACGAUCCUCCAGUCAUCCAUCGAGAUCUAAAAUGCGAUAACAUCUUCAUCAAUGGCCAUCUUGGUCAAGUAAAGAUUGGGGAUCUUGGGUUAGCUGCGACACUUUGUGAAUCACCACAUGCUCAUAGUGUUAUAGGUACGCCUGAAUUUAUGGCACCUGAGAUGUAUGAAGAAGAUUACAAUGAGCUUGUGGACAUUUACUCAUUUGGCAUGUGUAUGUUGGAAAUGCUUACGUCUGAAUAUCCUUAUAGUGAAUGCUCGAACCCAGCUCAAAUUUAUAAGAAAGUCACUUCGGGAAAGUUGCCGAAAGCAUUCUAUCAGAUUGAAGAUGCAGAAGCUCAAGAGUUUGUUGGAAAAUGCCUACAAAACGCAUCAAGUAGGCCAUCCGCAAGAGAUCUCUUGAUGGAACCUUUCCUUCUUGUUGAAGACACUGAUCAACCGAUGAAUAUCUCAACAAUCCCAACCCAAAACCCUACUUUCAUCGAAAAGAAACCUGAAAAGGUGAUUUCUUCAUUUCCCAAUAUUGUUCCAAAAAGUACUACUGAUAUGACGAUCACGGGCACCAUGAAUGCAGAAGACGAUUCUAUCUUCCUCAAAGUACUCAUUUCUGAUAAAAACGGUAUAGCAAGGAAUAUAUAUUUUCCAUUUGAUAUUGCCAGUGACACAGCGCAUGAUGUUGCGACCGAGAUGGUGAAGGAAUUGGAGAUUCACGAUUGGGACCCAUUUGAUAUUGCUGAGAUGAUUGAUAAAGAGAUCGUGACUUUAAUUCCGUCAUGGAAGAAACAACCCAUGUGUCUAAAAAACCUUCAUCAUCAUAGCUUUUGCUACGAUGAUGAUAAUGAUGAUGACGACGAAGACACCACCCCUCACCCUUUCCAUUCUCCCUCCUCACAAUCAUCAUCUCUAUCUUCUCUCCAGAGCCUAUUGAGACGAUUUGAUGCAGUACAUGAUCAAGCGGAUAAUACCGUGAUCUCUUCAACCCUUGAUCAUUGGAAUCGAGGUAAAGCCAUCAAUGGUGAUGAUACGGAUUCUCAAAGCUCAUAUUCAUGUAACUACUCAAACUUCACUUACUGCUCAGAUGUUGAAGAAGAAUAUGGUUCGAGAUCAUCUAUAAGACAAGACCAACAAGUUGCUGAGAAGGAGAGUUUUACUAGGUUUUGUGGUGAAGAGAGAGUGAGCACAAGAUGCAGUAGGCAAAAAGUACAACAAGAAACGACCCAACAUAGGAAUAUAAGUAGGACACGAUCAGUGGUCGAUAUUCGCAGUCAAUUGCUUCACCGCUCCCUAGUAGAGGAGAUUCAUAAGCGUCGUUUAUUCAAGACUGUUGCUGCCAUUGAGAACAUUGGCUACCAUGAGCCAGCUUGGUGAGUUCACGACAGUGAUUUUGUAUGAUCAGCAACGACUAUAAUAAAAUAUAAAGUUGUACAAAGAAAUAAAGGUUUGAAUGGUGAGAUUCGUGGUUUUGAUUAAUGAUGUGAUAUUUGUAAUGUUAAUGGUGUGUAAAUCAUGAGAACUUGUAUGCAAAUAGUUUCAACCAGAAGUUGCAUGUGUAAUAUGAAACUUUGAUGCAAUAAAAUUACUAUGG